CAACGAUCUGCACGGCGUCAGUCUCAGCCAGAACGCGCCCGUGAGCUCCUUGCCAAUACGCGACAGACAGCUGGCUAACCACAACACUCCCUCUGUUUUACUGCCCACGUCUGUACGCUUCACCAUGGGUCUGCUGGAUCUUCCUCCCGAGAUAAUCGACUACAUUCUUGACUUCGCAGGGCCUGCUGGUCUGGAAGGCUUUGUUCUCUCCUGCAAAGCCGUGUAUGAACGCGCAAAGACCCAGAUCCAAGACCACAACUCCUUGAGGCGACGAUGGAGGCACACAAACAAUCAAAGUACGUCGCGUCGCGGUGACACGCUGAGUGUGCUGUACGAGAUUUCGCGAAACCCUAUCAUAUCCGAGUACAUUGAAACGCUGAGCCUAUGGGACCGGCGAUCAGACGAAGAUAUCAACAGCCAGGGUGUCACCGACAACUUCCGAGACGAUGAGCAGUCAAUGCAAGAAAUCAAAAGCCUCCUGCGUAAUGCAGAAUUCUUCCAAAACGCAGAUCUGGAGGAGUGGUGGUUUGAGAUUAUGGAGGAAGACCAGGCCACAGACAUCGAGAGGGUUGACAAGCUCUACGCUACUGUCGCUCUGCUCGCGCUACUUCCUAAUCUCAAAACCCUACAACUACCAGAUAGGUGGCACGAGGUCCGCAGUGACGAGGCUGCUGAAGCGCUCGUGCCUUCGGUCGAAUCACUAGUCUCUAUGUCCAAUGACAACACUCAUAAGCGCAGAUGGCAAGCUCUGCAAUCCCUGGAGACUAUCAUGCCUUUUACAGAAGAAGGAUACGAUGUUCGUGUCGGUCUACAAUGUCUACAGCCGUUCAUGGUCCUGAACAGCAUCCGAAAUCUGUACGCCGUUAGUUGCGUCGCUAUCGACAAUGACUGGGGCGGCAUCCCGUUCCAUUGGCGUUACGCAAGCAAAUCGCCUUUGACGAGGAUAGAGUUUGCCAGUUGCUGUAUGGAUGCGCAUGGUCUGGACGCUCUUCUGGCCAACACGCCCGCUGUCACGAUCUUCAAGUAUUCUCACCAGACGAAGUGGGAUGGUCUGGAAGUCGACUGGAACCCUGGAGAGUUUCUACAGACACUGGCCGACCGACUCGGCAAACAGCUAAUUGAUCUUGCCAUUACAGUGGAUGAGAUACACGGAGAUAUCAUCAACGGCCUUUCCUCGUUCCACUCUUUCCCAAAAUUGCGCAAAUUAGAGGUAGACGUGAUCCCCUUCUGUGGACCACCUCUCGAAAGUGGGCAGCGACUUGGUCGCGAUGCUUUCGUUCCUGAUGGCGCCGAAGCAUGGACGCACAGCGACAUUCCAUGCUUGGGCGAUAUGCUUCCAGACAGCAUUUGCGAAGUUCAUCUGAACACCGACUUCCCAUUACCGUCUGAGCAAUCGCUGAAGUCGCUGGUCAAAAACAUCAUUGAUCGUCGCAAAGACAAACUACGACACCUAGAAUGUUGCAUUAUCAGACAGUACCAGUCGGACACGGCACAAGAUAUCGCCGAUCGUCACGAGAUCAUUCUGGAGGUGUUCGAUAUGGACGCGAUGGACCCCAGAGCAAGAGCGAUGAUGCCAUUAUGGAAAAGGGAGUUUGAUCAGAAAGUGGGUGGAAUCGUGACAGCAAUGUCAACUUGAGGUCAGAGAGCAAGAGAUACAUCAUGACCUAUAUACCCAACCUGUAUACCCAACCUGUAUACCCAACCUGUAUACCCAGCCUGUAUACCCAGCCUGUAUACCCAGCUAACUGUUCCCGCGGAGCACAUCAUCUGUAUUG